AUGAAUAGAUAUUUAAACCUCCAAUACGGUGCUGGUACAAACAAAAUUUUAAAUGGUGUAAACCAAAAAAAAAUUGAAGAAGCUGAUGAAGAUGCUGCUCUCCCAGAAUUAAAAGCUUCAGUUCCAAAAGCUAUUUCAAAAGCUAGAAAUGACCUUAAAAUGACCCAAAAAGACUUAGCCUUCAAAGUCAAUGAAAGACCAAGUGUUAUUAAUGAUUAUGAAAAUGGUACUGCUAUUCCAAGUCAACCAAUUCUUGCUAAAUUAGAAAAAGCUUUAAAUGUCAAAUUGAGAGGUAAAGAUGUUGGUAAACCACUCAAAGCAGACGCACCAGCCAAAAAAUAA